CUACUUCACUGCAACACUCGCAAACACGGCGCCCUUGACCACCACCGCCCCUACCACAUCCUCUGUCUCCAUGUAUCCGACGCCGCUGUAGUAACGCCGGCACUCUUCCUGCUGGCCCUGCUGCUCUCCGUUGACGCAAUCCCACGCUCGCCGACGCCCAUCACUGACGCAAGCGGAACGCCCACCACAACACCACCACAACAACAAGACCGAUCCGAUCCCCACGAUGCCGCUCCACGCCGAACGACCCAUUGUGCGAGUCGAGCACAGCUCCAUGCGCACCAUCGAGACGCGCAACACGGAGAACCUCUUUGGCCUCUGGUCUGUCUUUGCACGAUGCUCUCCGGCCAUGGAGGACGGCAAGCGCUACGAGAACAUGGCGUGGCGGCUGUGGUCGCGCGAGACGUUCUGCUGCCAGCCCGACAACCUUGUCUCGCCGCAGUGGUCGUUUGAGCAGCAGUUGCCCGCUGAGAUGCCCGAACUGUCUACAAGCGUGGCGUCCGACGACUCUAACCUGGACACGGCCAUCACCACGGCGUCCCGCUCCGACUCUACCUCGGCACCGCGCCCGGACCUGCGCCGCCACGACUCGGCGAGCAGCCACGCCCGUGGCAAGCACAUGACGCCCAUCGGCCUGGAGAAGGUCGUCAACUCGAUUCAAGAGAAGAAGUUCCUUGAGCCGUUGUCGCCACUCCCACCGCAGCUCGCCGCGCCCAUUGCUGAAAAGCAGAAGCCCGCAGAGGCACCCACUCCCCGCCCCGCCUCCCCACCGACCACUGCACGCCGCAUUCCAGAGUCGUCGUCGUCCACCGUCGCAACCGUCCAGGACAGCGAGCCCAUGAGCCCACCUGUCGGCUCCGAGGCGAGCACCUCCACCGACAUGAGCCACCACAGCGUCGUCCGCGGCUUCGAGCGUGGCCAUAUCUCCACCUCGGUCCGCUCCAGCACCAGCCUCAACCCGACGCCUAUCCUCAAGACAUCAGCCAGCUUUGUCGCUCGCCAGCCUCCGUCCAGGCUCGAGCUUGGCAAGAAGCGGCAGCCCAUGUUCACGCUCGGCGGCUCUUCCGAUGAGGAUGCUGCCAGCUCCUUCGAGGCUUACUCCUUGAGGCAGCGCAGCUCACUCACCGACAACAUCCGCAAGGCUCCUCCCAUGAAGAAGACGACCUCAUUCAAGCAGGAGGUCAGCACCCGCACCUACCACGACGUGACAUCUGACAGCGAUGCUGCCAUUGAAUCUGACAGCGAAGACGAUGUCGACGAGAGCGCUAUCGAGGAAGAAGACUCUGAGGAUGGCGAGUGGGACGACGUUGAUGAGGAGGAGAGCGGCCCGGCUAGUCCCAAGCAGAACAACAUGUUCGACCGCGUCGAGUCCAAGUCCAACCUCCUUACCUCCCAUCGAUCCCUCCUCACCACCGCCCUCCACGAGGGUGACCGAGCAAAGCAGCUGCAGAAUGAAGCAUCGCGCUCUACUUCUGCCAUUCGACGAUCCCGCACUACCACCCCGAACGGUCCUUCUUGUGGCAACUCGCCUCAGGAGGAGGGUUUGAUGAUGAGGUCUCAAUCUCGUGCCAAACCGAUCAUACAGACCACCUCGAACAACUACACACCAGCCAUGUCGCCGCGUACUACACGAAGGGCUAUGCUUCAAAGUGAACUCACGUCCUCAUUAAGACAGAACCUGUUGUGGGAGCGCCAGCAGAAGAAUGCCACCAGCAAUGCUGUGGCCAAGCGCCAACAGAGCGCCAUUUCCUUGCCCGCCCUACGUCGAGCAGCCACCACCAGCAACAUCACCAAUGCAAACGCUGAAGCACAGCCGACCCAGGACAGGGUGAAACCUUUCAUGGACGACGCCAAGUUCAACAGCCUCAACCACGACGUCUACUCUGCUGGUAUUAACCAAUAUCACCAGGCGGGCUGGUAAGUCAACCGCCGCCUCUUCAUUUGCACUUUUAGCGGCAUCUGCGAACAGGCACUGGGCCUGCGGCGUUUCUUUGAUCAUUUCCUUUCUACUUCUGGCCAUCCUGGCGACUACAAUGAGCGGUCGACGAUGGAUUAUUUCCCUCAAAACACAUUGAACCUAACCAGGUCUCUGUAUGCCACGAGGCAACGAAUUUCUUUCAAACAGUUUACCACGCCGCAAAAGGCGAUAUGGUUUGAAGAUAGGUCACGGCUCACGCCUGCGUGCUCUGGUCGGACUCUCUGUCGAGCGACCUCGACAGCUCUGUACUAUCACUUUGCAUUUGUACUACUAGGCUCGAAUAGUCGAGCAUUAUACCCUGGCGGCGGCGUAGUACGGCUCUACGAAGCCGCAGACGAGGAUAGCAUUACCUCUACAUGAGAUAGGUGGUGCUUUAGCUAGGCACUUAAUGACAAAAGCGGAUUCUUC